AGCGGAGUCACUGCAAACUUGGCAGGAGACGAAGCCCUAGCUGUUUACCGAGGCGCGUGUCACACCGGCAUACAAAGUGACCUCGCACCGCGUCUUUAUAUCCCGUCACGGUGCGCCUCGGGAGCCCCGGUGUCACUGCGCUCGGGGAAGAUUAAACUUUUUCCUGCUCUGGCGAUUGGCAGCGGGACAUAUGAUAGUUUCCAACAUCUGUAUGGUCUGAAACAAAGACGCGUCUCUGCGAGAGAGAAACUUAAGUGGCUUCAGUGGUCUAGAGAUCAGUGAGAUGCAGUGAGGGGCUGCAUGACACUUUUUACUCUGUUGUGUUACACUUAUGGCUGGGCUUGUGGACUCCUAUGAAGACCUCAGAAACUCAUAAUUAUAAGGACAAUGGAUAACUUUUUCACUGAGGGUUGUCGUGUGUGGCUCUGGGUGGAGGAUCAUUAUGUCCCCAGUACCGUGGACUCAUGCUCUGGUGGAGUGGUGGUCUUUAACACCGACUAUGGACAGGUGUACACCUACAAACAGAAUGCUGUCAGCAGGCAGAGGGUUUACCCAAUGCACAGCAGCAGUAUUAAUGGGGUCGAGGACAUGGCAACCCUACAGGACCUGCAUGACGGGGCCAUUCUACACAAUCUGCAGCUCCGCUACAUACAGAAGAGCAUAUAUACAUACAUCGGCUCUAUUUUAGCAGCAGUAAACCCUUAUCAGAGCCUGUCAGGUCUGUAUGAUGCCACAGCCAUAGAACGAUACAGUCGACAUCACCUGGGCGAAAUUCCUCCUCACAUCUACGCCAUUGCUAACGAGUGCUACAGAUCCCUGUGGAAGCGCUCCAACAACCAGUGUGUGCUCAUCAGUGGGGAGAGUGGAGCAGGUAAAACUGAGAGCACAAAGAUGAUUCUGCGCUUUCUGUCUGCAAUGAGUCAGCAAAGUGUGGCGCUAUCAACUACAAAAAGAGCAUCAUCACAUGUAGAAGAAGCAAUUCUGGAGAGCAGUCCAAUAAUGGAGGCGUUUGGAAACGCUAAAACAGUUCAUAAUAACAACUCUAGUCGCUUUGGGAAAUUCGUCCAGCUUCAUUUCAGCCAGCAUGGAAACAUCCAGGGAGGAAGAAUCACAGACUACCUUUUAGAAAAGAAUCGCGUUGUGCGUCAAAAUCCUGGGGAAAGAAAUUAUCACAUAUUCUACGCUCUGCUGGCCGGAACCAGCGCAGAACAAAAGGAGUCGUUCUCCCUUUCCCCUCCGGAGGGCUUUCAUUAUCUGGGUCAGUCAGGAUGUGUGAAGGACAAAGCCAUUAAUGACACUGAGACUUUUCAGGAAGUGCUGAAUGCUCUGAGGACAAUGCAGUUUGGAGAAGAGAACGUUAAGGAGGUGUUGAGGCUCCUUUCAGGAAUCUUGCAUGUGGGAAACAUUGAGUUUUUAACGGCAGGUGGAGCACAGGUCUGCUCUAAAUCAGCUCUCAGUAAAGCUGCAGAUCUUUUGGGGUUGGAUUGUGCACAGCUGGCUGAAGUUUUGACCCACAGAUCAAUGAUCCUCAGAGGGGAAGAAAUCAGCACACCUCUCACUGUAGAGCAGGCGGUGGACUCGCGGGACUCUAUGGCGAUGGCUCUCUACUCUCAGUGCUUUACUUGGAUCAUUCGUAAAUUGAACAACCGUAUCAAUGGCAGUGAAGACUUCCGAUCCGUCGGCAUCCUGGACAUCUUCGGGUUUGAGAAUUUUGAGGUGAACCGGUUUGAGCAGUUUAACAUUAACUAUGCAAAUGAGAAGCUGCAGGAGUAUUUCAACAAGCACAUUUUCUCACUAGAGCAACUUGAGUACAACAAAGAAGGGCUGGUCUGGGAUGAUGUCAACUGGAUGGACAAUGGAGAGUGCCUUGACCUUAUAGAAAAGAAGUUGGGUUUGCUCGCUCUCGUGAAUGAGGAGAGUCAUUUUCCUAAAGGCACUGAUGGCACAUUGUUGGAGAAACUCCAUAGCCAGCAUUCUAGGAAUCAGUUCUACGUCAAGCCUCGUGUUGCAGUUCAUCAGUUUGGAAUCAAGCAUUAUGCAGGAGAGGUUGUGUAUGAUGUCAGAGGAAUCCUAGAGAAGAACAGAGACACUUUCAGAGAUGAUAUUCUCAACUUACUCAGGGAGAGCAGGUUGGAUUUUGUGUAUGAUCUGUUUGAGCGAGUGAACACCUGGACUGGACAGGACACAGUCAAGUGCGGCUCAAAGUAUCGCAGACCUACUGUUAGUUCCCAAUUUAAGAAUUCAUUGCAUUCCCUGAUGUCCAAUCUCAGUGCCUCCAAUCCAUUCUUUGUACGCUGCAUUAAACCCAACAAUUGCAAGAUGCCCAAUCAGUUUGAACAGUCUGUAGUCCUCAACCAACUCAGAUAUUCUGGGAUGCUGGAGACGGUUAAAAUAAGACGUUCUGGGUUUCCCGUUCGGAGGACGUUCAAGGAUUUCUGUUCCAGGUACUAUGUGUUGAUGAGGGGUUUGGCUUUGUCAGAUGACCCUAAGGGGCGGUGCCUCCUCCUCCUGCAGGUCUAUGACAACAGCAGUGCUGAAUGGCAGCUGGGAAAAACCAAAGUGUUCAUGAGAGAAAGUUUGGAGCUGCGGUUAGAGAAACAAAGAGAAACAGAAGUGCUCAAAGCGGCUUCAAUUAUUCAAGCACAUAUACUGGGUUACAGAGCACGGAGGCAGUACAGGCGGUUGUUGCAGUGCAUUGUUGUCAUUCAGAAAAACUAUCGAGCACUGUAUUGGCGGCGGCGCUUCCAGAUGAUGCGCUGGGCCACCAUCACCCUACAGAAGAGGCUUAGAGGGCAAAGGGCACGACAGCUCUACAUUCACCUUCUAGAGGAAAAGAGGAAGAGGGAAGAAGAAGAGGAGAAGAGACGUAGAGAAGAGCAGGAGGCGCUAGAGAGAGAGAGACAACGCAUGGAGCUGGAGCUCCUAGCACAAGCAGCAGAGGAAGCUCGAAGACUGGAGGAAAAAAAUAAAAAUGAGCAGAUUCAAAAUUUGUUAACUGAGAGUCCCACACCAGACAGUAUUGAACCAGAGAGUAGCCCACUUCAGAACAGCCCACCUGAGAGCCCUGUUCCCAUCUCUAUAGCAGAGAAGGCACUGGUGGAGCAGGUGUUUGAAGAGGUGUUUGAGGGAGAGACGAACCAGGCAUCGCAGGUGGAGGAGAUCUUGCGUUUGGAGCGUGAGAUUGAAGGCCUGCGGCGACAGAAAGAAGCUCAAGAGCAGAGUCUAACCGCGCAGUCGUUGCAUCGCCUGCAGUGGCUGCGUGAUCAGGAGCUGCGCAGGUUAGAAGAGGAGGCCUGCAAAGCUGCACAGCAGUUCCUCACGUCACUCAACUUCGAUGAGAUCGACGAAUGUGUGCGUAACAUAGAGAGCUCUCUGGGAGGAUCUGGAGGCUCACAGCAUGAGGUAGCCAGAGGAGAGGAAGAUGAGGUGGAUGAAGGCCUGGGAGUGGACGAAGAUGGUUUUAAAGACUCUCCUAACCCUAGCGAGCAUGGCCACUCUGAUGGACAGCGCACCAGUGGAAUCCGCACCAGCGAUGAUUCCUCAGAGGAGGAUCCUUAUGCAAACGACCGUAUGCCUCUGCCCCCUGCCGCACCUCUCAUCAUACCCUCAACCUAUCAUGCUCCGCCCUCCAGCAGUGGCUCCACCUACUCUCACGCUGUACAGGAAGAGGAGGCGGAGCUAAUCCCUCCCGAUGAGGAUUCAGAUUAUGAUGCAGAUGAUUAUGAUGAAGGAGGCAUCAUCAUGCGGCCUCCCAGCCUUCCGCCUCACAAUGACCACUGGUCACGUGACAACCGCAGCUCUUUAGCAACCAGCACCAGUGUCAGCUCAGGAGCGUAUCGCUUCAGCUCAGAGGGGCCGCAAUCUUCUUUUGAGGACAGUGAAGAUGACUUCGACAGGUUUGACACUGACGAUGAAUCAUCUUACCGGCGGGAUUCUGUCUACAGUUGUGUGACUCUCCCCUACUUCCACAGUUUCCUUUAUAUUAAAGGUGGCCUGUUGAACUCCUGGAAGCGUCGCUGGUGUGUGCUGAAGGAUGAAACAUUUCUGUGGUUCAGGAGCAGACAGGAGGCACUUAAGCAGGGCUGGCUGAUGAAAAAGGGUGGAGGAUCCUCUACACUCUCACGUCGCAACUGGAGACGCCGCUGGUUUGUCCUGCGACAGAGCAAACUCAUCUACUACGAGAACGACACAGAAGAGAGGAUGAAAGGCAUGCUGGACAUGCAUGAAGCCAAAGAGAUUAUUGACAUAACAGGGAAGGAGAAUGGGAUUGACAUUGUCAUGCCAGGAAGAACAUACCACCUUGUUGCAGAAUCUGCAGAAGAUUCCAGUCAUUGGUUCAGCGUGUUGAGUCAGGUGCACAUGUCGACAGAACAGGAAAUUCGAGAGAUGCAUGAUGAACAAGCAAAUCCUCAAAAUGCUGUGGGCACUCUGGAUGUGGGAAUGAUUGAUUCUGUAUGUGCCUCUGACAACCCAGAAAGGCCAAAUGCCUUUGUUAUAAUCACAGCCCAUCGUGUGCUACAUUGCAUGGCUGAAUCAGCAGAAGAAAUGCAUCACUGGAUUACACUGCUCCAACGCACAAAAGGAGACACACGUGUGCAGGGACAAGAGUUCAUCAUCAGGGGUUGGCUGUAUAAAGAGAUUCGGGGCAGUAGUCGUGGGAAUCUUAAGUUGAAGAAGCGCUGGUUUGUGCUGACUCACAAUUCUGUGGACUAUUAUAAAAGCUCAGAGAGAAAUGCUCUUAAACUGGGCUCUUUAGUGCUUAACAGCCUCUGCUCCGUGAUCGUUCCUGAUGAGAGAGUCUUCAGAGAGACUGGCUACUGGAACGUGAGCGUGUUUGGUCGUAAGCAUUCGUAUCGGCUGUACUCUAAGCUGCAAACUGAGGCUACUCGAUGGGCCAGCGCUGUACAAACCGUCAUCGACAGCAAACCACUCAUUGAUACACCCACACAGCAACUUAUACAGGACAUCAAGGAGAAUUCUCUGAAUUCGGAAGUGGUGGAGCAGAUUUACAAAAGGAACCCAAUACUGCGUUACACACACCAUCCUCUACAUACAGCCCUCCUGCCUUUACCCUAUGGAGAUGCACAGCAAAGCUCCGACAAAGGGAGAAGUUACGGUACGCUGCAGGCUGAGGCCCUCAAGCUCUUCAAUGUUCUUCAUCAGCUAGAGACGGAGGACAAUCCCAUUCCUCACAUCCAGGGGCUCCUGCAGACGGCUCAUGACCUACGACCCCUAAGAGAUGAACUCUUCUGCCAGCUCAUCAAACAGACAACACACCACUCAAAGCCUGCUGGUCCCGCCCACAUUUGUGGCUGGCGAAUCAUAGCCUGCAUGUGCUGCACCUUUAGCCCCGCCUCCAGAAGUAUUCUCAAAUACCUGAAAUUUCACUUCAAGAGGACACGAGAGCUGUACCCAGGCACUGAAAUGGAACGGUAUGCCGCCUUUUCCCAAGAAGCAUUGCGGCGUGUACGUGGACGCGAAUACGUUCCUUCACAGGAGGAGCUGAGGGCCAUAUUGAGCAGACAAGAAAUGACAUCCACAGUUUACUGCCACGGUGGCGGGUCCUGCAAAAUCACCAUUAACUCACACACAACUGCAGGAGAGGUGGUUGAGAAGCUGCUGAAGGGUCUGUCAAUGGAGGACUGUAAGAACAUGUUCGCUUUGUUUGAACAUAACGACACUACAGACCGAGCCAUAGAAAGCAGGACUGUGGUGGCCGACGUCCUCGCUAAGUUUGAAAAGUUGGCAAAUAAAGGACAGGAAGGAGAGGGCUGGAAGUUUUAUUUCAAGCUCUUCUGUUUCUCAGAGCCUGAGACCGUUCCUGCUGAUAGUGUGGAGUUUGCAUUCAUGUUUGAACAGGCUCAUGAAGCUGUCAUUAGGGGUCAGUAUCCGGCUCCAGAAGAGACUUUGCAGUUUCUGGCUGCUCUUCGGCUCCAGUACCUUUUGGGAGACUAUACUACCCAGAGUUCCUUGCCUGAGUUAGAGCAGGUGUUCCCUAUGGACCGCCUGCGUGCUCGAGUACAGCAAUCCGCAAGGUGCUUUGCAUCUGGCACUCCAUCCACAGAAAGAAAGAGGGGUAGUUUUCUGGAAGGCACGCUGAGGCGGAGCUUCCGGGGGUCACUGGGGCGACAGCGCCAAGGGGAGGGGCCUGGGGCCAUAGAGGCGUGGCUACAAGAUGAAAAGGCGGGGCUGAGAAGUUGCUUAGUGGAGAAAUGGCGUAAACUGCAGGGAAUGGAACAGGACCAAGCUAUGAAAAAAUACAUGAGUCUCAUCAGGGAGUGGCAGGGAUAUGGAUCAACUCUCUUUGAUGUGGAGUGUGUAGACAGUGUGUAUCCUGGAGAGCUGUGGUUGGGCGUAAGUCGUAAGGGAGUGUGUGUGUAUAAACGUGGGGAGGCGUGGCCUUUGGAGGUGUUUACCUACGAGGUCAUUCUGUCCUUCGGUGCUCCGCAGCCUAACAUCUACAAGAUCAGCGUGGAGGGACGAGAGCUGCUCUUCAGCACAAACAUGGUAGUGGACAUCGCAAAGCUCAUGAAAGCUUACAUCAGUCUAAUAGUGAAGAAACGUUUCAGCACUUGUCAAUCCAUCAGCAGCCACGGCAGCAACUGGUGAUCUCUUACCCCUGACAGACACUUUUCAUAAAUGUGCCUUUAAGGUUAAGCGUCAGCAAACGGGACAUUUAAGUACGAACUCGCAAAAAAGAGUGUGACCCUUUAAUGCUGAGUGCAAAGGAGCCAAAGACAAUGAGACACUUUCAUAACAGACACUAUCAUGUUCCCACAGACACACAUAUUGAGUUGUGCUUGAAACUGUGCCACACAUAUAUGGCUGUUCACUGAGCCCCAUUUACGUUGUAUUCACAUUUUAAGUCCAGUUGCAUUUCUUUGGAAUUCUGCAGGCGGAAAAUCCAGUCUGAAAUAACCAGCACUCAAAUCCAGUGCCUUUAAAAAACACACACCAAAAUACACACACGUGCAAACACACACACAGAGUGCCCUUUAUGUCUGUUUUAUAUGUGCAAUGUUUAUAAUGUAUGUUAUAUAUUUCUGAGGAGCUGUAUAUUUUAUAAACCUUUUCUGUUGAGCUGCAGGAUUGUGAUAAUACUAUUGGAUUUACUCCCUCUGGUCCUGUUAUUUUUCUACUGUAAGCCUAUAAAAACACUAAAACAACAGGAAAAUCAUGUCAUCAAUCAUUUUGUAUCUUUACUGUGCAUUAGUUUAUUGGCAAUAAAUAUAACAAAAUUCAAA